AUGGUGUGGGACACUUGGGUGCAGAGAGAGAUGGAGCAGAUGCUCAUAAAGCAACAUGUCCUGAAGCAGCAGAGAAUUGUAACCUCCCGUCCCCCGGAGCUCAGGGGCUUUGACAAGAACAUUCGUCAGAAGCUUGUCCAGAUUGAGCUGCCCAACUACAUCCUGGACAUGGGCAGCGUCACUCGCGGUGCCACUGAAACACACACUGUGGACAUCACCAACACCGGGCCCUUCCCGGUGUCCUUCCAGAUUGAGACACGUGUCCUGCAGGACACAGGUAACCAGUGCUGGAGAGACUUCCCGUGGGCUUGA